CGAGUGUGUAUGGUUUAGUGUUGCUGUGUCAGUGUGUGCAGUGCUCGCUGUGUUUCAUUGACUCUUCAUCAGUAAUAAUGGCCUGCAGUAACACAUACAGACUGCGCUGUUCUCUCCCCGCACACGAGAUGGAUGUCAGGGGUCUCGCCGCUGCCGCAUAUCCCGACGGAGCGUUUGUGUCUGUCUCCAGAGACCGGACCGCCCGGGUCUGGGUUCCAAACUCGAGUGAAACCAUGGGCUUUACAGAGAUGCAUUGUAUGAACGGCCAUGCCAACUUUGUGUCUUGUGUGUGUAUCAUUGCGCCCAAUGAAACAUACCCCCGAGGAUUGAUCGCCACUGGAGGACACGACAACAACGUCUGUGUGUUUUCACUAGACCGACCAGACCCCCUGUUUACCCUGAAGGGUCAUAAAAACACAGUUUGCACACUCUCAGCUGGCAAGUUUGGCACAUUACUGAGUGGCUCAUGGGACAUGACAGCCAAAGUUUGGCUUGGUGAAAAGUGCAUGAUGACCCUACAGGGACACACAGCUGCUGUUUGGGCUGUGGUAAUUUUGCCAGAGCAGGGCUUAAUGCUUUCUGGAUCAGCAGACAAGACCAUCAAGUUAUGGAAAGCUGGUCGCUGUGAGAAGACCUACACUGGUCAUGAGGACUGUGUACGAGGACUUGCAGUGAUAAGCGAUGUGGAGUUUUUCUCCUGCAGUAAUGAUGCCAGCGUAAGACGUUGGAUGGUGACGGGUGAAUGCGUGCAGGUUUACUACGGUCAUACUAACUAUAUUUACAGCAUUGCUGUCUUCCCCAAUGGGCAAGACUUUAUAAGCACAGGUGAGGACAGAUCCCUAAGGGUCUGGAAAGAGGGUGAAUGUUCUCAGACAAUCCGUCUGCCAGCUCAGUCAGUGUGGUGUUGCUGUAUUCUGCCUAAUGGAGACAUUGCUGUUGGAGCCAGCGAUGGCAUUAUCCAUGUGUUCACGGAGAGUGAAGAUCGUGUAGCAAGUGCUCAGGAACAGCAGGCUUUCGAGGAUGAGCUCUCCAAAGCCAUCAUCGACCCCAAGACUGGAGACCUUGGUGACAUCAAAAUAGAGGACUUGCCUGGCAGAGAGCACCUGGAUGAACCAGGUAACCGUGAUGGGCAGACGAGGCUCAUAAAGGAGGGUUCUAAUGUCGAGGCGUAUCAGUGGAACAUGAGUGAUGGCCGUUGGAUAAAGAUUGGAGAUGUAGUGGGCGGGUCUUCUCAGCAGAGCUCAAAGAGAGUGAUGUAUGAAGGGAAGGAGUAUGACUUUGUAUUCACCAUUGAUGUGAAUGAAGGAGGUCAACCCAUGAAGCUGCCUUACAAUGUGACGGAAGACCCCUGGCUGACUGCACACAACUUUCUGCAAAAGAAUGACUUGAGCCCCAUGUUCUUAGAUCAGGUGGCUAACUUCAUCAUUGAGAACUCUAAAGGCCACACUCUUGGGCCAGCUCCUGCCACAUCCACAGACCCCUUCACAGGUGCAGGGCGGUACAUCCCAGGUUCAGGAGCUGGCAGCCAGGGAUUUGGAGGUGAUCCGUUCACAGGAGCAGGCCGGUAUAUACCUGGGGCAGGAUCGACAGGCACAGUACCUUCAGGCGCUGAUCCUUUUACUGGUGGUAGUUCCUAUUCCUCUGCUUCACUUCAGAAAGCUACAACAAAUGUCUACUUCCCCAACACUGAUGGAGUUAUGUUUGAACAGGCUAAUGCCACUCAGAUUCUUGGUAAGCUUCGGGAGCUGAAUAACACUGCCCCUGAGGAUCACAAGCUGAGUGAGGGAGCACUGCACUGUCUGGAGAAGUUGUUGCUCGUAGUUACAGACCUGAAUCUGAGUCAGGAACAGCCCACUGCAGAGCAGAUCAGUGUUCUCUGGAGGACCAGCCACUGGCCAGAGGAUAUAGUCUUCCCUGUGUUGGACAUCCUGCGCUUGGCUGUGCGCCACCCUGAAGUCAAUGCACAGCUUUGUGGUGGAACAGAGGGUGCCAGUCUUUGUAACCAUCUCCUGGGACUCAUGUCCCCUGAGGGCCGGCCUGCAAAUCAGAUGCUGGCACUCCGCACACUCUGCAACUGUUUUUCCGGGUCCCACGGCCGUGCUCUGCUGUUAGGUCAACGUAACUCUGUCUUAUCCCGGGCUGGAGACCUCCGCACUGUUUGCAACAAAAACAUCCAUGUGGCGUUGGCCACCCUGGUGCUCAACUACGCUGGAAGGUUAUACAGUCAACCAGCUGAGAUAGAGGCAAAAGCACAGUGCUUGUCAGUGGUUAGCACUGCCUUAGAGGUAGUACAGGACAGAGAGGCAGUCUUCAGGCUGCUGGUGGCCCUGGGGACCACAGUGGCUGGGGACAGCACUGCAAAGGACCUUGCACGAUCUUUGGGUGUCAACUCUCAGAUUUCAAAAUAUGCCAGUGUGUCGGAUCCUGCUAAAGUGGGCGAAUGCUGUCGACUAGUACUUGAUCAACUGUAGUGAUGCCACAAAUUGGUCAAGUGAUUUAAUCAAUUUCUCCUUCCAUCACAAACCUCCACAAGAUCUGUCUCCCUUCUUUCAAAUCUCUCAAACAUCAGUUUGUAUUUAAAUUUUCACAUUUUGAUGAAUGGAUAUGAAUGAAUGCAUGAUGUGAAUAAACGCUGGUGAUU